GUUAUGCCACUUGAAUGUGCCUCGGCUUUUUACCUUUUGGCUGCUUUAGUUGUGAGGAGGGACCUCAAGUCCGGAGGAAAAUUUAAGGGGUGGGAAAACUUUGACGAAGUUCCACGUUGGGGUUGAUUUUCUUGGCGAAGCUGGGGUUGAAGAUGAAGCGCGCAUCUUGUGUGAGUGUGGCUGUCUUGCUUCUCUUGUUGGGCAGUUUGGAGGCUGAGCCCAACUGUGAGGAAGUAAAGAAAGUUUUCCAGCUGCGGCAGAUCGGACCUUCCAAGUGGCUACCAGAGACCCCUAGACCAGGUUCUGAUCUUCAGGUGUGCACAUCAAAGGAUCCAACAUGCUGCACAAGAAAAAUGGAGGAGCGAUACCAAGCUGCAGCUCGUCAAGACAUUCAAAAUUUACUUCAAACAUCCAGCUCAACACUGAAAUUUUUAAUUUCACGCAAUGCAGCUGCUUUUCAAGAGACGUUUCAGAAUAUCAUUCACCAUGCCGAGAACAACACAAAGAUGCUGUUCAGAACGACCUACCGGAACAUGGCCUUUCAGACAGCUGCACCAAUUCGAGAACUCUUUACUGAUGUUGCACUCUUCGUUUUUGGAUCGGAGAUAAAUGUUGAUGAAUUUAUAAAUAGAUUUUUUGAUAGUCUCUUUCCAUUGGUCUAUAAUCAUCUAAUCAAUCCUGCCCUUACUGACAUCUCCCCGGACUUUGCAGAAUGUGUACGGAUGGCAAGGAAGGACCUAAAUCCAUUUGGUCAUCUUCCAAAAUUAAUAACAACUCAAAUGGCGAAAUCUCUAAUGGCUAGUCAUAUGUUCCUGCAGGCCUUAAAUUUAGGAAUUGAAGUUAUUAACACAACUGAUCACUUGCAGUACACAAAGGAAUGCAGCAGAGCUCUGCUAAAGAUGCAGUUCUGUUCCCAUUGCCAUGGCUUGACUAAUCGUAAACCAUGCAUGGGCUAUUGCCUGAAUGUGAUGAGAGGAUGCCUUGCUAAUAUGGCAGAAAUUGACCUACACUGGCGGGAAUACAUCAGAUCACUGGAGGAACUGUCAAAUGGAAUACAGGGAGCUUAUGAUAUAGAACAAGUUUUGCUGAAUCUCCAUUCAUCAGUGAAUGAUGCGAUUAUGAAUGCACAAAUCAAUGGGCCUAAAUUGUCAGCAAUGGUAAAUAGAGCUUGUGGACAUCCUAUUCGAAAGCCUGCACAAUCUUUAGAUUACCAACCAAAUCCUUACAAUGAUAAACAUGGGCUGAAAAUCACUCAUAAGGAAAAUGAGGAGACAUUAUCCAGCAGGAGAAAAGAGUUCAUCAAUAGUCUGCGAUUAUAUAGGGCUUUAUAUGGUGGAUUGGCUGAUCAGCUGUGUAUCAAUGACUUAGCAGCUGCUGAUGGGCGAACUUGCUGGAAUGGAGAAGAUGUCGUGAAGAGCUAUACACAUCAAGUUGUUGGCAAUGGCAUCAAAGCUCAGUCAAGCAACCCAGAGGUGAAAGUGAAAGGAACUGACCCCAUCAUAAAUCAAAUCAUUGAUAAACUGAAGCACAUCAAUCAGCUCUUGCAGGGAAAAGUGAUCCCCAAGUAUGAGAAAUGGCAUUCAGCAGAAAAGGGCAGUGGGCAAAUAGAUGGUGAUGACAUCCAGGUCAGUGGAGACUGUGAUGAUGAGGAUGGCUGCAUUGCCUCAGGAAAUGGAGAAGUGAAAAAAUCUUUCAAAACUUCUGAACCAGGGCUGCCUGACAAGAAAAAUAGGCACAAUUUCGCUCUGGAUGGUGUUGAUACAACCUCUCGGACAGAAGAUGGUACCUAUUCAAAUAAGCCUGAUGGAGGAGCCAUAGUCCUGAGUGGAAAUGUAAUGAUUACUCUGAUCAGUUUGGUGGCUUUGAUUCUUUUUUGGUAAAUUCACAUUUUUCCAUUUUUUUGCCUUAUGCCUUUUAGUUAAAUAAUGGAAAACUGCAGUGAUGCAAAGAAUAAUGGCAAUGAUGUACUUUUGCUUUUAAAAUACUUCAUGUUUCAAUUGCUUUAGUUUGUUGAAAAUGCGCAGCAAAUUAAAAUAUGUUAGUUUUAUGUAUUUUUAUAACAGUAUUUUGCUGUAUUCAGCUUCAUAGUUUUUUUUCCAUACUUGUUGCUGUAGUGCAAAGAAAAUAUGGCACUACAUGCUGAACCCAACCGAGGCUGACACCAGCUCCUGGCAUCACCUGAGCCAGAAGAAAGC